AUGGCUUCCCCUCUUGCAGACACUCUGGAUACACUCUCCCAGAAGCUGGCCAACGCCGCUGAGGGUAUCCGAUCCGGCAAUCUAUCUCUCGAGACUGACAUCUUCCAGCGGAUGGACCUGAUCAAAGCCGGCACAGACCUGAUCGAUGCAGCCAGCGUGCCCAAGGACAAGCUUUUACUGUGGCUUCCACAGUUUGCCCACAUCACUGCUGUUCGCCUGUUCAUCAAAUGGAAGGCGUUUGAGAAAAUCCCCGCCGAAGAUGGCGCGGCGAUUUCAUAUACCGAAUUGGCUGCAAAAUUAGAUGCCGACGUGUCGUUGAUCACUCGUUUGGGGCGGGCACUCGUUGCAAACGGCUCUCUCAAGCAGAUCGGGAACGACUCUAUCUCACACACCGAAUUCUCCAAGAUCCUUACUACGCCUAAUCCCCUAUGGGCCAUGGUGCAACUAGGAUUCGACGAUCAGCUAGCCGCCUACGUAGCCAUGCCCAAAUACUUCGACCGAUUCGGCCUUGCAACAGAACCGAAGGACCGCCUGCAAACUAUUCUGGCCUUUGCGGAAGAUCGGCUUGGCUCCACUGUCUGGGAAAUCAACCGCAGUUCCGAAGAACGCCUCAAAGUCUCCACUCUUGCUAUGGCCGCAAUCGAGGACUUUAUGCCCCCUCUUGGAGUCUAUGACCUCAGCUGGGCUGUGGAAGAGGUUAGCAAAUCCGAGAGUAGGGCACUUGUUGUCGAUGUCGGUGGUGGUAGGGGCCAGGCACUCAAGGGUAUCUUGAAGGUGACUCCUGGGCUUCCACGACAUCGGUGUGUGCUGGAGGACCUCCCUGAAGUGGUUGAGGCAAACAGAAAGGAUGAUUCCGAGCUUGCCGAUGUGAAAAUGGUCGGCAUGGACUUUCAUAAGGAGCAGCCUAUCAAAGGGGCCCUGGUUUACUAUAUGCGUCGCUGUCUGCAUGAUUAUUCGGAUGAGGAAUGCGUGGGAAUACUACAGCAGAUUUCGGGUGCUAUGGAAUCUGAUAGCAGAUUGCUAAUUGUUGAAACGCUGCUGGCCAACCCGCCAACAUCCUUCCAGGCGGCAAUGGACCUUAUGAUGAUGACAAUCUCUGGUAAGGAGAGGACUCUCGAAAAUUGGAAGGAUGUUACUGGGAGGGCUGGGCUCAAGAUUACGAAAGUUUGCCAAAUUCCUGGGGGCAGCGCUGUAAUUGAGUGUGCCCUUGCUUGA